AAUGUUGUACAUAUGUAUAUACUAAGUAAUAGUCGUAUUCAUUAAACUAACACAACUUUUAUCUGACGCAUCUGAUGCGUUCGCGUAAACAUUUUAGGCAUUAUUGUCAAAGUUUUGUUUACAAAGAUUGUUAUCAUGAUAAAACAAAUAGUAUUAUCUUCGUGAAGGAGUAGAGAAUUUUAAUGAUGGAAAUUGCUCCGAAAAAAACAGUUUUAAUAACUGGAUUUGGUCCAUUCAAUAACCAUAUUGUCAACGCCAGCUGGGAAGCUGUAAAAGAAUUAAAUAAACUCUGUGCUAUUUCAAAAGAAUUAAAAAAUGUUGAAGUAAUUGUAAAAGAAAUUUCAGUUUCGUACGAAGAUGUAGCCAAUUGUGUGCCUAAACUUUGGGAAAAAUAUAAACCUACACUGGUUUUACAUGUUGGUGUAUCUAGUAAAGCAAAAUGUAUAACCAUAGAAUAUUGUGCUCGUAGCUGUGGCUAUUUAAGACCAGAUAUAUAUGAUAAAUGUCCGGAUGAAAGUAAUAUCAAAUCUAAAAUUUUUGAGACUAAAAUUAAUGUGAACAACAUAUGCGAUACAAUUAAUCAAAAUCCAGAUAAAACAGCCUGUAAGGCCUGUAUUUCACAGGAUGCUGGACAAUAUUUGUGUGAAUAUAUAUUUUACAAAUCCUUACAAAUUGAUCCUACAAGAACAUUAUUUCUUCAUGUUCCUGAUUUUGAUCAAUAUUCUAGCUUACAAACUGCAAAAGGUUUAUAUGAUAUUUUAUGUCACAUAAUCAAAGAUAUGGAAAGCACAAGGGAUUAAGUGUCUUUGUGCAAAUGUUAUAAGUUAAAUAACUUUUUAAAAUGAUUUAUCCAUUGUAUUUUUAAUAAAAAAGGAAAGACAGUUCUAUAAAAUAUAAA